UCAGCUCUUGUAAUGGUCCCCACUAGAGAAUUGGCUCUCCAAACCAGUCAGAUUUGCAUUGAAGUGUCAAAAUACAUUGGAGCACGAGUGAUGGUUACAACUGGUGGGACAAGUUUGAAAGAUGACAUCAUGAGAAUUUAUGAAAAUGUUCACAUAAUUAUUGCCACACCAGGAAGAAUACUAGAUUUGAUGGAGAAAAAUGUGACUCAGAUGGAUAGAUGCAACAUGCUAAUAUUGGAUGAGGCUGACAAGUUACUAUCCCAAGACUUUAAGGGUAUGUUGGAUAAGGUAAUUAGCUAUUUACCAAAGGAACGCCAGAUUCUUCUUUACUCGGCAACAUUCCCUUUGACAGUUGAACAGUUUAUGAGAAAGUACUUAAAGGGGCCAUAUGAAAUUAAUUUAAUGGAUGAGCUGACCUUAAAAGGUGUGACCCAGUAUUACGCUUUUGUUCAGGAGAGACAGAAAGUUCAUUGUCUCAACACGCUGUUCUCAAAGUUGCAAAUCAAUCAGUCCAUCAUUUUCUGCAAUUCAACUCAACGAGUGGAACUCCUUGCUAAAAAGAUAACAGAGCUUGGUUACUCUUGUUACUACAUUCAUGCAAAGAUGUCUCAACAACAUCGUAAUAGAGUCUUCCAUGAUUUUCGUGCUGGUCUUUGCCGAAAUUUGGUCUGUUCGGACUUGUUCACCAGAGGUAUUGAUAUACAAGCAGUCAAUGUGGUUAUCAAUUUUGACUUUCCUAAGAUGGCAGAAACUUAUCUUCAUCGUAUUGGUAGAUCUGGUCGAUUUGGACACCUGGGAAUUGCUAUCAACUUGAUUACUUACGAUGAUAGGUUUGCUUUACAUCGUAUUGAACAAGAACUUGGAACAGAAAUAAAGCCAAUCCCUAAGGUGAUUGACAAAAGUCUGUACGUGUCGGAGUUUCAACUUGAAGAUGAUGUAGAAAAUGUGAGCAAGUAGGCCACAUUCUGAAGCUGUUCAUAAGAAAACUACCCUGUCUGGAUGAGACUUUCAAGAAACUUGUAAAGUUUAAUGUACCAUUAUUCUUGAGAAGUCAUCAUCUUCCAGAAUUGGUCAUACAGAAAUCACUGAGAAUAGCUAUUUGUGUUUUAUAUAAUUCUUAAUUCAAAAAUAUUUAUUUUGAUUUCAGCUUGCAAAGAUUGUGAGCAAUGGCAUAGUUUAGCGAGGAAGGUUUGUAAUCAUUCAUAUCGAGUUUUGCUGUAAAUAGAAAAUAAAUGAGCUCGAUAUUAAUGACUACCACCUUCCUAAUCAGUGAAUAGUUAGUACAUGAAAAGAUGCAUCCAAAAUGAAACUUCAUUAGAAUAAAAGAAAAUGAUUCAAAUACAGUGAAAGAAUACAAAGAAAAAUCAUAUGUGGGGGAGUCUGUACUAAGAUGUUAAUACCCCCUCCCCUUUUAUAGACUGAAUAGAAAAUUUGUAUUGGAUAUCUUUUUUUUUGUUUUGUUUUGUUUUAUCUUAAAGUUGCACAGAAGUCACGUUUUAUCAUCAUUCAUCUGUGGUAAGAUGCUGUUCUCAACAUCAGAUGAGAUUUUGUACAUAAGUUUAACCUGGGGUUUUUCUCAGCUACAGGUUUAAUUCAUAUGAUAAACAGUGUUGUCUUUCAUGUAUGUGGCAAUGACUAUGUGGUGAGUAGAAUGUUUGACCAAGGUUUGGAUAAGUUACUGAUUAGUUAUAGUUAAUUUUGAAGAGGGGAAAAAGAUCCUUUGAAAAGAUCCAAAUAGUCAUUGCCAAUAUGUUUGUAGGUUUUUUACAUGUAUUUUUCUAAUAUUCAAACUGAUUAUUCUCAGUGAGGGUGGUUGUCUUGAAGACAGGUUUCUCUUUUUUUUUUUCUUUCUUUUAUUAUUAUUAAAUACCUACAUGAUGCAGACAUCAAUAACAAUAAAAAAAUGUAGUAGGCCUGAAGUCCUUCUGCAGAAGUAGGAUAAGGAAUAAAGAUUAAUAAAAUUAUAUUUCUUAACCUUCUUAUAAGAUAACCACACUCACUGAAAUGAAAAAAAAAGUGUUAAAAAUGUGAACACAGCACUUUUAAUAAGAUGAAACCCAACAAGUAAAUGUGGUAGUUCUACAAACCAAGACAAAAGAUAGAGCAUGGGGAAACUAGUUUGCUGUAGUGUUGCGAGUCCAGACACUUUAUAAAGCACAUGGAAACUAGUUUGUAGUAGUAAUGUUGUGAGUCCAGACACUAUAAAGCAUGAAGAGACUGAUUUGUGGUAGUGUUGUGGGUACAAACAUUUAUAAACCACAAGAAGACUGAUUUGUGGUAGUGUUGAGUCCAGACAAAUAAAGCUCAAGAAGAUUGAUUUGUGGUCGUGUUGCAAUUCCAGACAUUUGUAAAACACAAAGACUGAUUUGUGGUAGUGUUAAGAGUCCAGAACACAUAAAAGAUUGAUUUGUGUGUAAGCUAAGGCAUACCAGCCAUUCUUCAACUUGAAAUACUCUUAACAUAGUGAAGUGAGAAUAGAAGAUGUAUGGAAGUACAAAGGAAGAAGAUGAUGAUGAUGAUACUUUUUUUGGGAAGAACUAAAGAACAGAAAUAUUUUGUCUAUGCAAGUGUAUUGAAAUUUGAGUGAAUUUUUUUUGUUUAAAAAGAACUUCAGGCCUUCUACUUUAUUUGGCUAGUUUCAAUUGAAUGGUAUCUGUAAAACUAAUUUGGAUAACUAUAAGCAGUAUGCUUACUAUGAAACCUUAUUUUUGAACUUUCAGAGUUUUUACUUUACCUCAUCUGAAGCAAGCCCCCCUUUCUAUAGACGAGAACACUAAAAGUUUGUGUCAUUUAGCUUCAGGGUAACCUUGCUCUACUGGGCUUGAAGUCAAAACUAUUUCUACCCUAUAACAUUUAUUAAUUCUUAUCAAUGGUCUCCGAGUAGUUAGGGCCAUAAUUAGCCUUGGUAUUUUGCCUAAAGGAAUUGGCUAUUCUCCACAUUUUAUUAUCAGAUCUACUAAUUAACAUUGACUUAUAGUAGGCACUAAGUACAAUAAUGUUGUCUUAGAUUUUUUGUUCUUUUCUUUGUAAGUUUACAUUCACAAGAUUUAAUUCUUUAGUCUUUCAUGGUUAUUUUUGAAGCGACAAGCACAAGCUUUUAGUUUGGGUUGAAACCAAGGAAAUGGCCUCCUUUUGGUUGCCCAAUGUUCACGUCUUGAGUGGUUCAGACUUAACUAGGUUACUUGUAGUAAAAUAGUGUUUAUUAAUCUGUUUGCACAAGUCAUCCUAAAAUCGAUUGAAUCUAUCUUGGUGUGGUUAAGUCUGAGGAUCGAUUCUAGGCCAUAACAAUACAGUUUUUUCCUGGAAAAUUGGAAAUAUCUGUUAAGGUGUAUCUUCACCAAGUAUAAAAAAUGUCUUUGGUUAACGAAAGAAAAAAAAACUUACCAGUGUUAACUUUUUAGUUAUUAAAUUACAAUUCAAAGGAGAAUUAUUUUGUACAAAAAUGCUAAGAGUAAUAAAAUCUGGCUCAUAUGAAGUUGAGUUAAUUGACAUGGUUACAAGUAAGAAAAUAACGAGAGGAAUGAAAUAUAAUCAUUGAUGAAAAAAAACCAAAAAAACAUGCAUUAAUUAUAAAAUUUGAUACUGUGUUACAAGAUUGUUAUUAUGUACUGAGUAUUUUUAAAACUUGAUCAAAUUUAACGAGAUUAACACCUACAAUUAUGAUACUGUCUGUAUAAAUAAA